GCCAUUCACUCUCUGUUACAGAAACGGAGGAAGUUUGCAUCAAGACUCUGACAUUCCACAGACUUUUGUUAUUCAUCAGCCUCUGUCUUUCUUAUUUUAUUUCCUUUCCGGGAAGACAUCCGCUUUUUUAAUUUAAAAAAUAAUAAUGUUGAGCUCGCUCAGGACCGGGUUGUCAACCCGUGCAGUGAAUGCAGCCAGGACAGCAUCUAUUGCCACUCGCUCCUUCAGUACACCCACUGAUAAUCUUCUCGAGAGUCUUUCUGAGGAAGAUCGUCUCGUCUACGGUGAGCCUGUUCAGAUCCCUACAACCCACAACAUCACAGUCGCACAUCUCCAUCUUCGAUCCUACCUCCCUGAUAGACUGGAUUUCUUUGCAGAUUUUGCGCGCCGGACCGCUGCAGCAUUGGAAAUGCCAUGUUCAGGAGUAAUUCCUUUACCAGUGAAGACCUCUAAGUGGACUGUCAACAAAUCACCUUUUGUUCACAAGAAGGCUCAGGAGACUUUUGAGAGGAAGACACAUAAGCGUCUCUUGGCCAUUAAGGACACACAUCCGGAUGUAGUUCGUCGUUGGGUACAGUUCUUGAGUCAGAAUUCGAUGGCAGGUGUGGGUAUGAAGAUCACUACCUGGGAGAAUGAGGAGCUAGGCAUUGGACAGAAACGAUUGGAAAAGGCCAAGAAGGGCGAAAGCAGGAACCGAUCCGUGGCUGAAUCAAUGAAGGAAGCCAGCAUCGACUUGAAGGAAGGGGAGCAGCCAAAGGAGCAAGCUUAUUCUGCUCCAACUGAUCAAGAAGUGCCACAGGAUGAACCUUCUUCAUCAUCAUCGUCAUCAGUAGAAACAGAAACGGCAACAGCAACAGCGGAAUCAGUAAAGGCAAAUGAAAAUUCAGGACAACAGUAUCCUGCAGAACCGAAGAUUGCUAAAGCAGUUGAGCCUCGUGUAGAUUCAGGAUUGAUCAAGGAUCCUGAACUGGCAAAGACAAUCGAAAAGACUCUUGCUGACAUCAAUAAGAAGGUUGACCAACAGUAAAGCAGUAAAGCAGUAAGCGGUAGAACAAAGGGAUCAAAAAAGCAAGCGAACUAGGAAGGAAAGAAAGAAAGGAGUCAAUCCUUGAUGUCUUUAUUUCUAGAUAUUUCCCUCUAUAUCGCACAGACAUUUAGCUGCCAUUUGGUUCCGUUGAUUUUAAAAAGUGAGAAGGAGGCUAGUACAAUAAAUCAC